CGGUCAUCUUCUGCAAAGUCAUCCCGCCUUCGCCUAUACUCUGCUGUUUACGGCCGAGCUCGGCCACUGUGGAAAGAUAAGAUGCUGACAGCGUCAAGAUGAGCCACACGGCCGACUUUUCCAUUUGCCCUUACUUAUGAUGACUGGGACUGGAGACGCUUCAUGACGUCAGACCAUAUCUUGAUACAUAUAGACUCUCAAGUCCGGCGUCCAUGUUGAUUUCACCUAAUUUCAGCACUUUGCUCCAUAGCCUUUGUCUGCCUGCGCUUUGUGUCUGAGACUUGGAAGAUAGAAAAUGCCUAUAGCAGAGAAACAGCUAGGUGGUGGCCUCAAGAUUCCACAGUUUAGCGUGAGCGAUUAUAGUUCGUUCUUCCUCGCAGGAGCACUAUGUUGCACUCUUACGCAUGGAGGAAUGACCCCCAUUGACGUGAUCAAAACGCGCAUACAAGUCGACCCUGCACUCAAGGGACAUUCCCUCCUCUCUGGCGGACGUAGGAUUGUCUCGACUGAAGGACCCUCUGCUCUCCUGACGGGUUUCGGACCCACAGCUGUGGGAUACCUUGUACAAGGAGGCGCCAAGUUUGCUGGGUACGAGUUUUGGAAGAAGAAAGCGGUGGAGUUGGCGGGAGAUCAGGAGACGGCAGUCAAAUAUAGAACAGCCAUUUAUUUGGGCUCAGCAAGCGUGGCGGAGUUCUUUGCGGACAUCUUGCUUACUCCGCUCGAGGCAACGAGAAUACGACUUGUUUCAGAAAGGGGCUACGCCUCCGGUUUGACAACAGGCUUUGCCCGCCUGGUUAGGGAAGGCGGCGUGCGCGAGCUUUAUGCGGGGUUUAUUCCCAUCUUGUUCAAGCAGAUACCUUACGCUAUCGGUCAAUUUACUGUGAACGAAUUAUGCCAUGAAGUCGCAUUUCGCUCGAUGUCAGAAGAGACAAAACGAAACCUCGGUCCCGGAUCUAAUUUCUCGAUCUCACUCGGGAGUGGUAUCAUCGCAGGAUUCGCCGCUGCUAUACUCAGUCAACCCGCGGAUACCUUACUGAGUCAAAUCAACAAGGGACAUGGGCCUAAAGGCGGCAUGAUGUUCCGACUUGGUGCGCUUGCGAAGGAAGCGGGUUUCCGUGGGCUGUUCGCUGGCCUUGGACCGAGGAUGGUUAUGACAGCUGGACUCGUGUCUGGUCAAUUCUUGAUCUAUGGGGUCAUCAAGGAUGCUCUGGGUGCACCUCCUGGGAUAGAGAUCCAUAAGGAGGCUCAGGUAGACUAGAGAUCUGAGUCUCCUUGGUUUGGCUGUCUCGGC